CCUGAGCUCUGACUCCUCACAGGAGAAGUGGUCGCGACCAUCCCGAGUCACACAUCACGCUCUGGGAUCCGAUUUUCUUCUCGCUUCUUCUUCCUCGUUUUUUUUUUCUCCCUACCUCUCUCCUUCCAAAUCCUGUCGACCCAUGUCAGCAUGAUGGGAGUCGGACCUGCACAUUUGGGAUAAUUCUUUUUUAAUUUAUUUUAUUUUUUUCAUUUAUUUUUAUUUUUAUUUUUUUUUGUCAAUGAUGGUCCGCUACAAAUGUCCAUUCCCACGGAGCUGUAGCUGAGGUUUCAUUCAGAGUGAUCCCUGGAUUCCCACAGCGUGAUGGAUACAAAUGAGUUCGCGGUGCUGAAACUUUUUGUUGUUGGGAUUUUAGUCAAUGUCUGGAUAAUGAGAGGGUUGUCAGCCGCUGACAGUUUCAACAUAGAGCCAACUCCCUCCCGGCCCAAGAAACCCUGCAAUGAAUCUCGUCUGCAGUGGGAGGUGGAGGUCUGUGGAGAGGACUUCAAGCGGGACAUGGGUCACAUAGAUCCACAGAACUGGUGUAACCUCACACACUUUAUAAGUGAGUACCACAUCUUCACACUCUGCACGGAGGCAAAGUCCCAAAUCGUGCACUGCUACUGGCCCAACCCGCUGGUGGAGAGUUACAUCAUCCGCAUACACAAGCACUUUUUCUCCAACUGCACCAUCGAGGAAGUGGUGUGGGUGGACCCGCCGGACGACACGCUGACCAUCCUCAUCCUCAUCCCUGUUUUCCUCACACUGGCCAUGAUAGCCCUGGUGGUUUGGUGCAGCAAGAGGAGCGAUAUCCUGGCUUAGCGGUGGAGGGAGAUGGAACAGGAUGGAGAGGAGCACGAGGAGGACUGAGUUUAAGAUCCCAAACUAUACUGUACAAAAGACUGCUCAGAGGAUUUUGGAGGUUGCUUCAGUUGGUCAAAUUACCCCCAACGUGGUGCUACAAACCACAUAAACCUCCCGUGGAUGUGUGGAAAGUAGUGCCUGGUUGUACAAAGUCGUACUUUCUUGUUUUAAUAUAUUAUCAUCAUUUUUCAUAUUUCUGACGCUGACCUACUGUCAUUCAACAUUUUGAACUCCUAAAAUUGGCUUUUUUUUAGAGGACAGUUUGACUGUGUUUUAAUGCGUAUUCGCUUUCUUGCACAGUAAAUAUGAAGCUGGAGUCAGACGGCGUUAAGCUUAGCUUAGCAUUAAGACCGGAAAUGGGGUAACAACUAACCUGGCUCCAUAAUUAUGUGCAGUACUUCCUGGGGACAUAGAGGAAGUAACUUCACCUGACCCAGAAAUACUAUGACAACUAGUCUCCUGUAAACAUGUUGCUUUGACACACAAGAUGAAAUGGUCUCUGGUGAGCUAUAGUUGCCGGUAGGCCUCAGUGGACUUUGUUAUGUUCGGACAAAUCCAUGCUAGCUGGUUACCCUUGUUCCCCAUGUUUAAGCUAAGCUACGCUAAGCUUCUCAUUUAACUAAAGAAAGCAAAUAAAUACAUUUCAUUCAUCGUCAAACUAUUCCCUCAAGACGCAGAAGAUUUUAGUUAUUACUUGACGUCAAAGCUCAUUGGGUAACUUGACCAGCAGGACAAUCAACCGAGUCUCACUGCAUUCUUCAAAGCUCAUGGAUCCUGAACUGCUGAACUCGGAGAUUCUUGUCGGAGCACUGUAUCGUUGCUGAAGGCCAAAGCGCCCACCGAGCAUCGGAGGCAGUUACUGAACGCUUAACUGGUGGGAAUGUGACUCCAGGAGGACACCGUGUGUCAGAUACUUUAACAUGACACUGUAUGAAGGCAUGGAUACAAAAGAAGCCAAAUGUGGACCCAUUAUUAAUUCUGUGAGUUUUCUUUUACUGUUGAGUCACUCAGUGGACUGUCACCACUGGAAAGGAUACACUGGUGUGCAACCCAAAGACAAAGCAACACUAUGAUUCAUAUAUUUCUGGACUUGAAUUUCUUGUGUGACUACCUGAGCCUCAACGGACUGUUUUAUAACAGUGUAACUUAUCAGAUACUGUCGGAUGAAAUGUUGUUAAUGCUCACAAAGAGGGGGGAUCUCAAUGGAAUCAAAGAAUAUGAACUGACAUUGAGACCUCAGACAUGUACAGUUAUGCUCUCUGUCCGUGCUGUCUACUGUAUCUGCAUCGCCUCUCCAGUAUUACCAGACACUGAUGCUUUGAAGUGAAUUCCUUUGGGGAAAGGCUUGAUUUAAUGUACGCACUUCAUUGAUUCUUUGAACCACAGUCCUCACCAGCCACAAGGCAAACUAAACCAAGCACUGCUUUUUAAAAUUUUUCUUCCAAAGCAUAAGGCAUCAAAGUCUGUUUGUCAGCUCUCACCUGCACACUUUUGUCAUGGAAACUCGUCAGCAAAAGUACGUUGAUUAAAUCUCUCUUAAAAUAAAAGG